AGUCUACUUGCUAGUCAGCCUUCACGAGAUCCGAUUAUGUCGAGUUGUCGCAUGAGGAUUCAGUAAGUAGAAGCAGUUGUUACAGCACGAGAAGGAGCUUCAAGUUCGAAACAGCCAUUAGACAUGUACGCGAAAUUGUGACGUGAAUGGGACACUUCGCCACGAUUAUGGCUCCAGGUGUCCUGACUUGCUAGAGUUCUUACGAUGUGUGCUUCGAGGGCUGCGCAAGUAUAAAAACCCUCACAACUUUGACACAUCGACAAGUGGCCACCUUCUCGAUUACAAUCAUGCAACUCUCGUUGAUUUUCAGGAUGCUUAUGUUCUUUGCCGCUAUUGUUGCUGCAUAUUCCCCGCUAGACUUGGGGACGAAACGUACAUCUGUGGCUAAGCGCGAGGGGCUCGACGUUGACCUCACUCGCCAGUUGAACGUUAGGGCGCCUGACGUUAGUCACGUUUCAGCGCCCAACGAUCCUGAUGAUCCUGUCCAGCCUAACGAUCCUCUCGAGUCCAACUAAAACGACUGAUGAAUGGCGACGAGAAGUGUGAGGAGUAACCACGCGUUACAAGAAAGCUGUAUAAUAGAGGUGGACCGUGAGGGGUGCUACAACGUCGUCAGUCACCAACUAC